GCGUGCGGGCGUGAUGACGACUGCGACUGCGACUGAGCUGACGGCUACGCGGUGACGGUGGUGCGUGCCGGCGACAGUGUAAUAAUUUUUUCGGGUUGUUUUCGUUUGCGCGGCGGUGCACAGUCAGUCCGCGCGCGCGCGGGUUUGUUGUCGUUGCGUUUUGUUUUCAUUGCAAACAUUUCCGCGGAAAGGCCGUCGCGUCUCGCGUGUUUCUCUAGUACGGACGACCCGCGAACGGGUAAACAUAUAUAUAUCCACUCACACACACCUAUCGACCGAUAUUUAUAUAUAUAUAUAUAAUCGUAAUUGGACUCGGAAUAAUAAUAACAAUAAUAAUAAAAAUAAAAAACCCUUUUGUCGUUCGAAAUAUAAAUAAGUAUUAAAAAUUUUCCGCAGAUAUACAACGCGUCAUAACAUCUCUGCCGUCGUAGUAAGUGGUACUAUUGUGUUACAUAAUAAUAUAUAAACAUCAUGCACACGUUGUUCGGCGACCAAAACGCGUACUACCGGACGGGCAUGUACCCGGGCACGUCCAACCCGGCCGCGUAUCCGGGCGCGUACGAGCAAUACGCCCGGUAUGGAUACAACCCGGCGGCCGGUUACCAGGCGUCACACCACCAUCAUCACCAUCACGUGGUGUCGGCAGCCGCAGCCGCGGCCAAGGACAUGGUCAAGCCACCGUACUCGUACAUUGCCCUGAUAGCAAUGGCUAUACAGAACGCGUCGGAUAAACGGUGCACGCUCAACGGUAUCUACCAGUUCAUAAUGGAGCGGUUCCCGUACUACCGGGAGAACAAGCAGGGCUGGCAGAACUCGAUCCGACACAACUUGAGCCUGAACGAAUGUUUCGUCAAGCAGCCACGCGACGACAAGAAGCCGGGAAAGGGCAGUUAUUGGACGCUGGACCCGGACUCGUACAACAUGUUCGACAACGGGUCGUACCUGCGUCGCCGGAGACGGUUUAAAAAGAAGGACGCGCUCAAGGAGAAGGAAGAGGCCAUCAAGCGGCAGCAGGAGCUCAUGCUGAAGAAGGUUACCGAAGAACAGUGCAAGCUGCUAUUGCACGGUGGAGGUGGUGGCGUCAAGGAACUGAUGCAAGUCGACUGCAACAAACAGCCGAAAAAAGAGCCGGGUGUACCGCCGGCUUCCACGCCACACCAGUCAGCCGGCGGUGACCCGGCCGCGCCACCGACGUCCGGUGGCUCCACGUCGUCAUCGGCACCACCGCCGCCGCCUCCCGCAUACCAUCAGCACCACCAUCACCUACAGUACGACAACGAUCAUCAGGACGAUUCGCCGACGGCCGCCACGGGCAACCACCUGCACCAUCACCAUCACAGGUACAUGACCACUCCGGCUGCAGCGGCUGCCGCUGCUGCUGCCGCGGCCGCUACCGGUGACCACCACCACAACCAUGGAGACGAAUUUGCCUCGCACCAUCACCAGUACGUGGCCGCAGCGGCGGCGGCUGCAGCGGGCCAUCACCGGGCGACUGGCUGGUACAGCGCCGACCCGUCUGACUUUUUCGACGCUGUUGUGCCCAACCCGGUGGCCGCAGCCACAGCAGCCAGUUGUGGAUUCCGCAACUCCCAGCAUUCCACCCCUGGCACCCACACACAGCUACACAAUUACUAUCAACUGCAGCAGCAGCAGCAACAGCAACAACAGCAGCAGCAACAACAACAACAACAACAGCAACAACCGCCGCACGACGGCAAUUCAUCCGUCAAGUUUUCGUCACAACUAUAACGACGACGACGGGGAAGGACGAGGAGCUGCUGCUACUGCUGUCAGACGAACAAAUUGUACUCGUCCGCGUGAGAAGCCAGAAAGACGCGUCGCGCGCCGCGACCGAGACGAUUGUGCCGCAGGAAGACGACAGAGAGAGAGAGAGAUAGAGGAAAAAAAAUUCACCAAAUCGAGACACGAACCACAUGCUGCCGGCUGUCACUCCUCGGAAAACGCGUCCGCCGACGAGGCUUAUCAGGUGACGGACGGACGGACGGACGGACGUGCGUGUAUCUAUCGCGGGCGCUCACAGUCCGCCACCCAUAUUUGUGUGUAUGUGUGUGGGUGUGCGGGUGUGUGGGUGUGUGUUGUGUGUAUGUGUGUGUGUGUGUGUGUGUGUGUGUUUGUGUGCGCUGUCAAUGUGUGUUUUAUAUACAUAUUAUAAAUUAUUGUUAUUAUUAUUAUUAUUUGUCAUUUCGUCCAUUUUUUUUCAAUUUAUGUAUUAUACUCGUAACGCGUCCCGCGAAGAUUUAAACGUAUAUACACGUUUAAAAAGUGUAAUGUGUGUGUCUCAUAUUAUUAUUUAUUUACUAGUUCAUAUAUUAUUUUGAAUUCGAUUAUGCAUACAGUGAUUUCCCACUUUCCUGUGCUAAUAAGAUAACGAGAAAACUCAAUGGGCCAACCUGUACCUAUAUAAUAUACACAGUAUAGGUACCUAAGCUACUUGUAUAUUAUCCAAUACUUGAAUUGAGAAAAUUAAUUAAAAAGGGACGCUAUCGAGUCGCACAAUAUUGACAAAAAAAAAAAAAAAAUCGUUUUUAUAUAAGUGAUGCUUCAAUAAAUAUUGAAGUACCUAUAUAUAUAAAAGCCAACGUCCCAUAUAUACUACCCAUUUCUAUUUUUAGCUGAUUAGUUUUACAAAUAUGAUUUUCCUUCCUCGUUAAAUAACGCGUUCGAGCACAGUGUAUGAGUACAUACUGAUCCGUUUAUCGUUCCGUUAAAUCUUCGCUGUAUGUGGUGUGCUAUAAUAAUGACAUUAUACUAUGCGUGACGUACCCAUAGAGAGUACCUAUAUAGGUAUAUCAUUAUUAUUCGCACCGUACAAUAGACAAUUUGAAAUAUUUUAUCGGAUCACUCUUUUAAAUAUGUGCAAUUAUCAUAAUAUCGUAUAUAAUUGUUUACGCAGUGCAUUCGCGAGACAUGUACCGCGGGAAGAAAUAAUAUUAAUAAUAAUAAUAAUAUUUUAUCACCUCAUAAAACCAUAAAUCCAUUAUCAUGAUAUCAAUAAAAUAUACAUAAUAUACUUACGAUCGUAUUGUCACUGUUAGUCUUGUACGAGUUGUCACUAGAGCAGCACGUUAUUAUUAUAGUAUAUGUAUAAGUACACAGAAGUCGACAGAGACAUCCGUAAGUCUUUCCACACGUAGUCAUAAUUUCUAUAAUAAUAUACCUAUGGUAAAACGACGACAAUUUCUGCGAACAAUUUUUCAUACUCUUGUUGUAUGUGCGAGGCUAAGUGAAAUCGAUACUACCAUCAUUUGGUGGUCGUUGUAUAGGCGGUUUACUUACCACAUAUUUUUGUGGGAUAUUUAAAUGUAAACGACGUGAUUUCGGUCGAUCGUUCUGAUUCGCCUCCAUGACACGAGCUUUUUUUCAGUAAUUUGUCGCAGACAUUGUCGCUUUAAUAACACCUAUCAUAACGGGUAGAAUUAUUUUAAUAACUCAAACUUUAAAAAUAAUUGUUUAUACCCUCCUAGCCAAUAAUAAUAUUCAUAAUUUACAUACAUUUUAUUUGUUCCCAAAUACGCUUCUAUAUAUCAUCGUUGUAAUCGCUAUCUAUAUAUUAUGUUUUAUUAUUAUUAUUAUUAUUAUCCACUAACUGUUGUAUAUGCAUCCGAUACGAUCUCGCUUGACUUUUAUUCAUCUACUGCCCAAAAACCUAUUAAUGUACCUAUUAUACUAUUAUAAUUAUUAUUGUAUAAUAGCUGCAGUAUUUACAUAAAACUUCAUGUCUACAUUGAACAGCGUGUAACUCGAUAUUGUAUAUAUCUGCGAAAAACUGUAACUAUAUUAUAUUUAUAUUUGCUUUAUUCAUUAUUCUUCUAUUGUAAAAUGUUUAAGUAUCUACCUAUGUAUAUAUUAUGUAAAUAGUUUGUAAAAUUAUUGAUGAGUUUGUGUCGUAUAACUGUUUGUUAGUAUACACCCCGAACGUGUUUUACAUCUAUUAAAACAAUUUAUUAUAAUAAUAUGUAAUGGGAAUUAAUAUAAAUUCAUACAAAUCGUUAAUCCCUAUUUUAUCUUUCAAAAACAAAAUUAAUUACCUAUGCACAAACCUCUAUAAAAUUAAUGAUGGUUAAAAAUGUUCAUACCUAUAUAGUAAUAUAGGUACUUAAUGAAACUUAAAUCGGUAUUAUUUAUCAUACAGAAAAAAGUUUUUAGAUGCUUUACAAUAAUAAGAAACAUAAAAAAAAAAAUAUCAAUUAACAGGUAGGUAGAACAUACGAGAUCAUGACGUAACAUAAAAAUAUAAUGGGGGAGAGAAAUACCUAUGCAUUUAUAUUGGUAACAAUACUAUUUAUAUUUUUCAAAUUAACAAUUUUGCAACAAGUCCAAUUUUUUUUUAUUAUAUUACAAAGUAAGAACGCCAAGUUGUUUUUUGAUGUAAAAUUCGUUCGUGGCAAUACCGGUAGUUGGAACGUUUAUAUAUAAUAAUAUAUAUAAAUAUACCCAUAUAAUCGGUAUAUACCUACACCUGUUGAAACUCGCGUUUGAGUAAUAUUGUACGCGCAUAUACCUAUGUAUAAUAUUUUAUUGUAUUUUAUAUUACUCGUCGACUUUUAAGUACAACGAUUUUAAUCAAAAUAAUAUGUAAAUAACUUGCUAUAAUAUGUAAACCUAUACUUGUAAACGAAAUUAUGUGAUUUCACGUUUGAUUAUAAUAUUAUAUCAUAAAUAAUAUAAUAAUAUAUCAUAUUGCAUU